GGACUGCAUCGCAGAAUGAAAAAAAGCACUGAAUAACACACUUGUUUGUCUGGCUGGCCUUGCUUGCAGCCUUGAAUUUCUUCAAAGGCCUCUGCCAACGUAGCAUUUUUUUUUUUUUUCCCCCUUUUCACUCCGUGUGCCGGUCACAAACUUUUUUGCGGGGAAGGAGACGCAAGACGGGAAACGGUAGCAACGUGCAUAAGAACGAUCCUGUAGCUCGGUCCACGAUGCCGACAAGGGGACGUGUCGACUUGCAGGAAGAGCAGCAGAGUCCCAUCAACAUCAACCACUACGCUACCAAGAAGAGUGUGGCAGAAAGCAUGCUGGACGUGGCGCUGCUGAUGGCCAAUGCUUCGCAGAUGAAGGCUGUGCUGGAGCAGGGACCUGAAUUCAAAUACUAUAUCACUGUCCUGGUGCUGAUAGGGGUUUCCCUCCUCCUCCAGGUCCUGGCAGGAGCUCUUUUUGUGGUCAUGGCUCGGAAGGACCUCAAUAAUGUUGCUAACCAGAGGAGGUUAGAUGUCCUGAACAAUGUGGCGACUGGAUUGGUGUUUGUCACUGUCAUCGUUAACAUCUUCAUCACUGCUUUUGGGGUUCAGAAGACGGGGCUCUACCCCAAACCCAACUGACAGAAAACAUCAGGGAAGCCAAGAAAUGCAGGUGACAAAGUCUUCACUUGUGUCUUCUGGGAAAGGUGGCUGGAUCAUGACUGCUCACCAGAUUCGACCUCCAUUUGAUGACGGGGACACGGGACUGCCUCAACAAGUCUGAGUGUUUGAAUAAGAAAAACACUGUUGCAAAACUUUUACACAUUCCUUCUUUAAAAAGCAGAACAUAGCUUUUACAGGUGCUACUUUGUGGUUUGGAUAAACAGCGAAAUGGAACAAUUAUUCAAAUAUAAAAUGUAAUUUAUUUCUAAUUUUACUUUCCUUUAGUAAAGCUGUCCAUGGACUUAAAUGUUGCACCUACUUAUUAAAGUAUAAAGCUAACUUAUUGCAACUGAUAUUUAAAUGAUUUCCCCCCCAUAAUAAG